AUGUUCUAUGAUGACGAUGUCAUCAAACAUAUCUGUGACUAUACUAACCAGUAUGCUGCUUCCAAGGGGCUACCAUCUGGACAUACAAUCGAAGAUAUUCGUUGUUUCAUAGGAAUGUUAUUAGUGUCCGGAUACUGUCAAGUCCCUCGGGUAAAAAUGUAUUGGGAGAUGAAGGAUGAUUUUUGGAACAAGGGUAUUGUGGAAGCAAUGCCAAGAAACAAAUUCCUAAACAUACUGAGAUGUUUACAUGUAUGCAACAAUAAUGAUCUGGAUCCAAAUACAAAAUUUUCUAAGGUCUCCCCACUUUGGAAGAUGCUAAAUAAGCGUUGGUUAAAGUAUUUUGCGGGUGAUGUAAAUCUUAGUGUAGACGAAUCCAUGAUACCUCAUUAUGGCCGUCACAGUACAAAACAACACAUACACGGAAAACCUAUUCGGUUUCAGUACAAGGCAUGGUGCCUUUGUACAAGAUUUGGUUACCUAGACCAAGGCAAUCUAUAUGAAGGAGCAAAUACAGGGAAUAAAUACCCAGAAGUAGGUGUGGGAGGUUCCGUUGUCCUUAAACUUUGUGAAAAACUUCCUCAGAGACCAGACGGGUACAAUUUGUAUUCUAACAAUUUUUUUACGUCCGUGGUUCUUUUAGAAAAACUAGCAGAGGAAGGUCACAAUGCCACAGGCACUAUCCGUGCCAACCACGUGGAGAAAGCACCACUUUCAGAUGUAAAGAGCAUGUCAAAGAUGCCAAGAGGAUCUUUUGAUCAAUUACUGAAAAAGAUUCCAAUGUUACUUUGGUGCGGUACAAUGAUAACAACGUUGUCACCGUGGCGUCAACAGCAUGUGGAGUCGAGCCUGUUGGUAAAGUACGUCGCUGGAGUGCUGCUGAGAACAAACAUACAAGUGUCAACCAACCAUCCUGUGUUGUAA